AUGGCUACCGAGGAACUGCAGCAGACUCCACAGGAGGUGAUCCCAGCGACUGAAAGCGAGACCACGUCCACAGGGAGUCGCCUACUGGAUCUCCCAGCUGAGCUGCGCGCACAAAUUUUCAGCUUGGUCAUGGCCGAAAAAGGGUGGAUCGGUGUGCGCUAUGUUGAUAUGUCGAGAUUGCGCUUCAUCAAAUGCAAGGAGCUCAGGCCAAUGCGAGACCUACAUGCGGACUUCACCUGUGCUGGCCUCGUCCUCGUCAACCACCAAACUCGGAAUGAAGCUCUAUCUAUGUUCUACGCACUCAACGAGUUCACAUGUACCCAUCACGACAUCGAUUCAAUCUUCAACAUCCUGGCCUCACGGAAACUCCUCUCAAGGCUGACCCGCUUCUAUUUGCACACCUGGAUCGCUAGGCCCCCACCACAAUUGCCGUUCUUACUUGACAGUACCAACAACGGCGUCGAGGAGCGCGUGCAAGCUACAGCGAACACAUUCGCCGCAAGCGGACUGACGGAGGAUGUCUUGAGGUUUCCAGUGGAUGUGCAGGACCUGCCCGAGUCAGGCGGAGGUACAACUCGCAUCUCGUGGUUGUCACUGGCAGAGAUGUCGCACUACGAGCCGACAGACGAUGGGUGGGACCGAUGUUUCAGGAGAAAGAAGGCGCAUGUCGAGAAUGCUAAGCAAGAGUAG